UCCCACCCAGAAGUGAGCUACUUACAUCAAUUUCUUUAUUGUAAAAGACCUUCUUGUUUAAGUAAACCUGUUUCAAACACUGGCAUAACAAGCAAAAUUCAGUCAAAAUGCUUUGUCAUCGAAAAUGCUCACUACAGCUUGAUGUAAUUUUUCUUCUAGCUAUUUCAGGUUUGUUUCUUGCAGAAAGCAAGGGUAAGGCAACAGAUGUUUAUGGAGAAAUUGGAAAGUCGAUAUUUUUACAUGCUAAGAGUGAAAGCUCUAAAACUGAUGACAUUAAAUGGAUGAAAGGAAAUUUAAUGAUUGCACGAUACAAAAAUCAAAUUUCUAGAUCCUAUGGGAGUUAUAUCAAUAGAUUUACUGUUUACGCAAAUGGGACCCUGACAUUUAAAAUCAUGAAUAACAGUGAAGGAACAUAUCACUGUGAAAUAUACAGUACAGAUGGAAAGCUAAAAUCUCUCCAAAGCAUUCAACUGCAUGUACUUGAGAGUGUCUCAAAGCCAGUUUUAAAUUUUAAAUGUAUCUCUCAAAAAGUCAAUAUAACCUGUGAAGUGGAGAACGGAACUAAUUUCACUAUGAGCUUAGCUGGCGGUUCACUGACAGAAAGGACAGACAGUCAUCGAUAUCUGAAUAUGGUCAAAACCUUGGGAAUGAAUGAAAAUGUGGAAUUUGUUUGUACUGUUAGCAACAAAAUUAGCAGCGCCAAUGCUUCAAGAGUGAUUGAGUGUUCAGAAACAGAGGCCAAAUCCAUUGUUAAUUAUUUUUUUAUGAUACUAGCAGGAGGAAUAUCUGUGGCAACCAUCUUUAUAAUCCUCAUGAUUUAUUGCAUUCUAAGAUGUUGUCAACGGAAAAGGGAAAGUGUGGACACUGAGCUGGAGGUCCCCAUGGAAUUUAGAGAACAAAUGAAACAGUCAAGGCAACCAAUCCCAGGACCUAGAAAACACAAUGAAGAAUACAGUGCACCACGACAAAGGGCAGAACCCCGAAAACCCAGGGAGGGAGCAGAACGAAUGGACGGAGAAGAGAGGGCACAGAGAGCUGCAAGGGCUGAGAGGGCACAGAGAACAGAGAGGGAAGAGAGAGUGGCGAGGGCACAGAGAGCAGAUGAUUCACAGAGGGCAGAGAGAGCACAAGGAGCAAAGAGAGCACAUAGAGCAGAGAGAGAACAAAGAGGAGAAAAAGGAGAGAAAAUGUAUAAAGAGAGGAGACAGAGAGGAGAAAGGACACUGGAAGGAGAUAGAUUGCAAAGAAUAGAACAUCCAGAAUUAAGAGUAAACAGAGGACCAGUGCCCCUCCCACCACAAAGUCAUUGAUUCUGACUAACAAAAUUGC